GAACCGGAACCGCCAUGGCCGGCACCGGCACCGGCACCGGGCCCGCGCUGGAAACCAUCCAGGCGGAUGGGACAGACGGGGACUGCGUCACGUUCGUGCUGCACGACGAGGAUCACACCCUGGGCAACUCCCUGCGCUACAUGGUCAUGAAGAACCCUGACGUGGAGUUCUGUGGUUACUGUAUCACACACCCCUCAGAAAGCAAGAUCAACUUCAGGAUCCAGACCAGAGGAGCCCUUCCUGCUGUGGAGCCAUUCCGGAAAGGGCUGAAUGACUUGAUGGGUGUUUGCCAACACGUGCUCAACACCUUUGAGAGGAGCAUGAAGGAGUUCAGGGCACAGAAGGAGGAGGAGAUGCAGUAGCCUUUGGGAGUGGCAGGGAUGCCCAUGGAUGUGUAACCUCUGUGUGUGGAAUUCCCUGUGUCCAAAUGAGGGUUUUUGUUGUUGUUGUUGUUGUUUUUAUUUUUUUAUGACUUUGCUGCAAAAUGUAUAUUCUUGAAUAAUAAAGUUUAUUAUUUUAGAUGCUGCA